GGCAUCUUUCCCUAGGGCCUGGGGAACUGUCAGCUUUCUCCUCACUCCUGUGGACAUGCAGCGCUUCCUGGCUCCCGCAAGGCAGGUCCUGCAGCUGAAGAAAGCUGUGCAGGAUGCACCCCUCUUUGCAGCCCGCCUGCUCCCCUCAGCCCACCAACCGCUUUCCACAGUCGCUGCUGCCCCUUUAGCCAAAACAGAUUCUUGGCCGAAAGACGUGGGCAUCCUUGCCAUGGAGGUCUACUUCCCGGCGCAGUAUGUGGACCAGACCGACCUGGAGAAGUUCAACAAGGUGGAGGCGGGCAAAUACACGGUGGGCCUGGGCCAGACGCGCAUGGGCUUCUGCUCGGUGCAGGAAGACAUCAACUCGCUGUGCCUGACGGUGGUGCAGCGGCUGAUGGAGCGCACGCAGCUGCCCUGGGACGCGGUGGGCCGCCUGGAGGUGGGCACGGAGACUAUCAUCGACAAGUCCAAGGCCGUCAAGACGGUGCUCAUGGAGCUCUUCCAGGACUCGGGCAACACCGACAUCGAGGGCAUCGACACCACCAACGCCUGCUAUGGCGGCACUGCCUCCCUCUUCAAUGCCGCCAACUGGAUGGAGUCCAGCUACUGGGAUGGGCGCUACGCGUUGGUGGUCUGUGGAGACAUCGCUGUGUACCCCAGCGGCAACGCCAGGCCCACGGGCGGGGCAGGAGCAGUGGCCAUGCUGAUCGGACCCCAGGCCCCUCUUGCUCUGGAGAGAGGGCUGAGAGGAACCCACAUGGAGAACGCCUAUGACUUCUACAAGCCCAAUCUGAACUCGGAGUACCCGCUGGUGGACGGGAAGCUGUCCAUCCAGUGCUACCUGCGGGCCCUGGACAGAUGCUAUGCGUCCUACCGCAAGAAAAUCCAGACUCAGUGGAAGCAAGCUGGUGUCGAGCGGCCUUUCACACUGGAUGAUAUACAGUACAUGAUCUUUCACACCCCUUUCUGCAAGAUGGUGCAGAAGUCGCUGGGACGCCUGAUGUUCAGCGACUUCCUGUCCUCCAGCAAGGACACACAGGCCAGCCUGUACAAGGGGCUGGAGGCUUUCAGGGAGCUAAAGCUGGAAGAGACCUACACGAACAAAGAUGUGGAUAAAGCGCUUCAGAAGGCGUCCCUGGACAUGUUCAACAAGAAAACCAAGGCCUCCCUUUACCUCUCCACCCACAACGGAAACAUGUACACCUCCUCCCUGUAUGGAUGCCUGGCUUCGCUCCUGUCCCACCACUCUGCUCAGGAAUUGGCUGGCUCCAGGAUUGGUGCCUUCUCCUAUGGCUCUGGUUUGGCAGCAAGUCUUUUUUCGUUUCGAGUGUCCCAGGACGCUUCUCCAGGGUCCCCGCUGGACAAGCUGGUGUCCAGUGUGGCAGAUCUGCCCAAACGCCUGGACUCCCGGAAGCGCAUGUCCCCGGAGGAGUUCACAGAGAUCAUGAACCAGAGAGAGCAAUUCUACCACAAGGUGAACUUCUCACCACCUGGUGACACCAACAACCUCUUCCCCGGCACAUGGUACCUGGAGCGGGUGGAUGAGAUGCACCGCCGGAAGUACGCCCGGCGGCCCAUGUGAGGCUGGUGCUGGCACCGUCCUGCGAGAGGCAUGGUAGCUGAGCUCUAUCCACCCUUUUGAGCCUCAGUUGGGUCUCCAGGGUUGCUUCCCCUACCACAAUGGCUGUCAAGGGCUUGUGGGGCUGCGGCUGGGGGGGUCCCUUUGUGGGGGGACAGGAGAGGCCUGUGCAAACACAGCAGAGAAGCUGUUCCCCUUGAGAUCCAGAUAAAGCUUAUCAUUUGUUACGGCUUGUUAUUUUUAUUAUUAAACUUUGUGCCAUUCUA